AUGGAUAUGCCGUAUUGGAUACGAUGUCGGUUGACUCCAGAACCUAUUCCAUCCCUUUUUCGUCGAGUUUGUCUAGCUGACUUUGCCCCGCAGAUCAACGACCUAAAUCGUCUAAAUGUCGUUCAUGUUGCGGGGACAAAGGGAAAAGGCACAACGUGUGCCUUUGUCAAUUCUAUCCUUCAGAACUACCAAAAAUCGGUUGGGGUUCCCCGUAAAAUUGGACUCUAUACCUCCCCUCAUCUGGAGAUGGUUAGGGAGAGAAUUCGAAUUAACUCCAUUCCGAUUUCAGAGGAGCAAUUUACCAAGUACUUUUUUGAAGUCUGGGAUGCCCUCGAAUCGAGUGCAGUUAGAGAAGGUAUUGAUCCGGCUUGUAAACCCUCCUACUUCAGAUUCCUCACCCUCAUGGCAUUUCAUAUCUUCAUGAGAGAAGGUGUUGAUGCGGCUGUCUUUGAAGUCGGAGUGGGAGGUGAGCUAGACUCAACAAAUGUCAUUCCACAGCCAUCAGUGACUGGUAUCACGACCCUCGGGAUUGACCAUGUGGCUGCUCUCGGCGAUACGAUCGACAAGAUAGCCUGGCAUAAGGCGGGAAUCUUCAAGACUGGCUCACCCGCCUUUACCGUUCCUCAAGUGCCUGACGCUAUGGAGGUCCUACACCAGAGAGCGAAAGAAAAGGAAGUCAACCUCGUUACCAUUGCAAUUCAUCCUGCUCUUUUUGAUAUUGCCCUCAACCCAGCGGAAGAUUUUCAAAGGACAAAUGCCUCUCUCGCUAUUAGACUUUCCCUUUCCUUGUUGGACAAACUCAAAGUUCCAGUAGACUUUGGCCUUGAAAGGCUCCCUGAACAAUUUAUCCAAGGUCUCGAGAACAUAGUUUGGAGAGGAAGAUGUGAUACUAUUACAACCGAAAAACAAAUUUGGCAUCUUGAUGGUGCACAUACAGAAGACAGCCUAAAAUUAGCGACCUCAUGGUUUGCGCGCGUCUCAAGACCACAGUCAGUCCAGUCAAGUGACACACCAAGGGUGCUCAUAUUCAACCAGCAGUCUAAAAGAGAUGCUGAGAUGCUUCUUCGGACCGUGCAUAGUGAGGCAUACAACAAUUGCAACUUGAAUUUUCAGUAUGCGCUGUUCUGUACGAAUGUAACCUAUAAAGACAACGCCUACAAAGCCGACUUUGUCAACCGGAAUGUCGAUCCAAAGGAACUCAAAAGCCUGAGCUUACAAAGGUGCUUGGCCGAGCUUUGGCAUCAAUUGGAUCCAAUCACAGAGAUAGCAGCACUGGAAUCUAUCGAAGAAGCCAUAGAAUAUGCAAAAAAUAUUGCCUGUAAUGUGGAUAAGACAAUGAUUUUCGUUACUGGGAGCUUUCAUCUUGUCGGGGGUGCACUUUCAGUCUUGGAAGGGGAGGGUUUCGCCCUCCAAAAGUCCACAGCUUGUUAG